AUGAGUGUAGACAGCAGUAGCUAAGUUAGUUAGCUAGCGAAAACUAACGUUAUCCAACCUAGCUAAUGCUAGUUGUGUAGAAGAUUGUUGUUUGACCUGUCUUGCUGCUCGUUAAUUAACAUGACAUGAGUUUCACCAUGAGUUUAGCGUGUUGUUAUUUAACUUAGUCAGAGUAACCUAUGGCAAGAGAAAAUGUCCUCCCUUAACACACUGAGAUAUGAGUAACUUCAGCAUACACAGGCUCUGGCAGCCUCCCCAGUAGCAGUCACCACGGCGGGAGACAUCAGGCCUGUCGUCUGCAGGGUGGUCAUCUACCUCCAGAGGGACAUGUCGGCAGAUGUGUGCCUCCACCCUGUGCACACGCAGACAGGACCAGUGGUGCCUGUGUCCUCAGUCUCCUGUCCCAAGACAAAGACCUGCAGCUACUGGGGGGCUGUCGGCCUUGGCAAUAAGUAUGUUCGGCUGAACGUUGGAGGCACGCUUUUCUAUUCAACCUUACAAGUGCUCACCAGACAGGACUCUAUGCUCAAGACCAUGUUCAGUGGCAAGAUGGAGGUGUUCACUGACAAGGAAGGUUGGAUCCUGAUUGACCGCUGUGGGAAACACUUUAGUGCCAUCCUGACUUACCUGCGGGAUGGCAGUGUCACCUUGCCCAAGAGCCAGCAGGGCAUCAUGGAACUGAUGGCGGAGGCCAAGUAUUACCUCAUACAAGGCUUGGUGGAUGAAUGCCAGGGAGCUCUCCAGGACAAUAAAGAGAGGCCCGUAUGUGUCAUCCCAGUCAUCACCUCUUCAAAAGAGGAGGAAAGACUAAUACAAGGCUGCACCAAGCCUGUUGUGAAACUGCUCUACAAUCGAAGCAACAACAAAUAUUCUUACACAAGCAAUUCAGAUGACAACCUCCUUAAGAACAUUGAGCUGUUUGAGAAGCUUUCAUUGAGCUACAACGGGCGUGUUCUCUUUCUGAAGGACGUGAUCGGCGAUGAGAUCUGCUGCUGGUCCUUCUACGGACAGAGCCGCAAGCUGGCAGAAGUCUGCUGCACGUCCAUCGUCUACGCCACUGAGAAGAAGCACACGAAGGUGGAAUUCCCUGAGGCUCGCAUCUACGAGGAGACGUUGAACGCGCUGCUCUACGAGACGCUCCCGGUGCCCGACACAUCGCUGCUGGAGGCUACGCGGCGCCGCGCCCACUGCUGCUCCCACAGCGAGGAGGACGAGAGCAGCGAGAUGAGGGAGCGCGUGCGUCGCAUUCACGUCAAGAGAUACAGCACCUACGACGAGCGGCCGCUGGGACACUAGCGGAGCAGAGCAGACCGGGACACGCCUUCUGCUCAGAGAGAUUCAACUCACCUGUGCCUCCGUUGUCAUCAUUAUGCCACUGAAAACACACACGACCGUAAACCCCAAUAUUACAGAAUCAACUGUGAACUCGACUUGGGAAAGCCAGCAGGACAAAACCGUUUGCUUGGACCUUUCUGGUGUUGCUGGGGUGCUGUUUUAAAAUCACUGUGAUCUUGGUAAUUUUUUCUUCUGACUUUUGCUGAUAUUAAUCAGUGUGGGUAUUUCCAUGCACAAAACUGUACUAUGGUAUUGCAAUACAAUCCACACAGCACACUAUUUCUAGUAUACAUUUCACACUAUCUUUAACUAUUAUUUUGCUGUCUGUAAUCAGGUGACUUCCAUAAUUGUUUUACACAUAUGAGUAACCAAAUCAUGUACUUACUCCGGUGUAAUGGUCUACUUUUAGUCAUAUUUUAACUAAAUUAGGUGGUAGUUCAAAUACUGUAGCCACAUAGAUUUGAGAUUGUGAAAGAAGACAAAGAAGUGAACAAUGUAUAGUGAAACCAACAUGAAUGGCCAAAAUUCUGCCAAUACACAAAGACCAUUCUAGUUCUAUUUCUCUUUAAAGGCUAUUGGCAGAUGUGCUACCGUGUGAAUCAACUUCAUAGUGACUUUCAGUGGAAUUUUAAGAUAUUGUUGUUUUACUUUAUAUUUAUUGGGGGGUAGUGAAAAUGCAGUGGUUUUUGUCAUUGUAGGGAUCUCAAUAAGGCCUGCUUGCUGAAGCGAACAAAGGGCUCCCAUACAUUUCAAGGCCAUGUGAAAUUAAAACAUACACAUACCUGUGUGUGACUUGCAAAAUAAAAUAAAAAAUAAUUUAAAAAAA